AAAUGACAACGUUGGUGCUGGAUAACGGAGCCUACAACGCCAAGAUCGGUUACAGUCAUGAAAAUGUCUCGGUUAUUCCUAAUUGUCAGUUUAGGUCAAAAACAGCACGCCUCAAAACCUUUACUGCUAACCAGAUAGACGAAAUAAAAGAUCCUUCUGGACUCUUUUACAUCCUUCCUUUUCAGAAGGGCUACUUGGUGAACUGGGAUGUUCAAAGACAAGUGUGGGAUUAUCUUUUUGGAAAAGAAAUGUAUCAGGUUGACUUUUUAGAUAGUAAUAUUAUCAUUACGGAGCCAUAUUUUAACUUCACUUCAAUUCAGGAAUCAAUGAAUGAAAUUUUGUUUGAAGAAUAUCAGUUUCAAGCAGUAUUAAGAGUAAAUGCUGGAGCUCUCAGUGCACAUAGAUAUUUCCGAGAUAAUCCUUCUGAGUUAUGCUGUAUCAUUGUUGAUAGUGGAUAUUCUUUCACACAUAUUGUUCCUUACUGUCGAAGUAAAAAGAAAAAGGAAGCAAUUAUUCGGAUAAAUGUGGGAGGAAAGCUCUUAACGAACCAUCUAAAGGAAAUCAUCUCAUACAGGCAGCUACAUGUUAUGGAUGAAACACAUGUGAUUAAUCAAGUAAAAGAAGACGUGUGCUAUGUGUCUCAGGAUUUUUAUAGAGACAUGGAUAUUGCAAAGUUGAAAGGAGAAGAAAAUACAGUGAUGAUAGACUAUGUUUUGCCCGAUUUCAGCACAAUUAAGAAGGGUUUUUGUAAGCCAAGGGAAGAGAUGGUGUUAAGUGGAAAAUAUAAAUCUGGGGAACAGAUUCUUCGUCUGGCCAAUGAGAGAUUUGCUGUUCCAGAAAUACUGUUUAAUCCUUCUGAUAUAGGCAUCCAAGAAAUGGGGAUUCCAGAAGCUAUUGUCUAUUCAAUUCAGAACUUACCUGAAGAAAUGCAGCCGCAUUUUUUUAAGAACAUUGUCUUGACAGGAGGAAAUUCCCUUUUCCCUGGAUUUAGGGAUCGGGUUUACUCAGAAGUUCGAUGUCUCACACCUACAGAUUACGACGUUUCUGUCGUGCUCCCGGAAAACCCUAUUACUUAUUCUUGGGAAGGUGGAAAAUUGAUAUCAGAGAAUGACGAUUUUGAGGAUAUGGUGGUCACAAGAGAAGAUUAUGAAGAAAAUGGACAUAGCAUCUGUGAAGAGAAAUUUGAUAUUUAAGAACAUUUUCUGAAUGAAAAUCUAGACUGGUUAUAACUUAAAAUUGUUAAUUUAUGUUCUUCAUUUUAAAGUAUGUUAAGGACUUGUGUUACCUUUUAUUCUAAGGUGGAAGACUUUUCUCCUAAGUCUUGAAUUUGUGUGAUGUAAAUACUGACC